AUGCCCGACAUGUUUCCUCAAUCAGUCAAUGGCGGUCCCUAUGGCCCUGAGCAGUUGAUACCAAGACUGAUGGCCGAGCCAGAUUCAACUCAGGGAUUGCCCGUUCAUUAUUUGUCUGAGCUCGUGGCCCGCUUCGAAGACGAUGGUCUCGAUGUGAUUCUUGGCCCAGCCUUGGAAACCAUCUCAAAGAAUAUCGCUCAAUGCAACAUUCUCGAUGACUUCAAGCCUUAUCUCCAGUCCUUGAUGUUGUUAUGUGAGAACAAAUCGGUAGCAGCUGCUUUGCCGAGUAUGCCUCGAUUCGAUCCUGCCGAUGCUACUCCUCGUAAUUUGGAGGAUGUGUCAUUAUUAGGUCCAUUCUAUAAACUUUCCGGUUAUCCAGAUUCAGCGCCCAAAGUUGCGGAACGAUCGUUUCAGAAUUCCGAGACCCGCAAUGAUGCUGACAUUGAGUUUUCUAAAACCGGACUGCGCGGAAGCGUGAAUAAUUUGCAGCGUUCUUUAUUCGGAAUGACCAACAACAUUGUGCGAUCGAGUCCUAAGGCGCGCGAGCACAUGCUUUCUUACUUUGCCCACAUCUUGCGUUUGAACGAUAAACGUGCCCAAAUGCAAGUGGAUCCCACGACGGUAGCUUCGGAUGGAUUCAUGCACAACAUUACCGCCGUAUUACUUGAUUUUUGUGAACCUUUCCUUGAUGUUCGCGCUUCCAAGAUUGAUAAAAUUGAUCCUCACUACUUUCGCACGAGCCAUCGCAUCGAUGUGAUGGAAACCACCAAAAUCAAUGCUACCAAAGAGCAAUCGGAUGAAUAUUACAAAGACCAAUCCUCUACUUCAUCUCACAGCUUCAUUACAGAGAUCUUUUACUUGACAUUGACGUUUUUGCAUUAUGGUCCGAUCCGCUCGUUUGUCAACUACAACGAAUUUAUGCGAGAAUACAGCGAGUUAAAAAAGCAGUGCACUCGAUACGAAGAAGAAGCCAGCCGAUUAGCCAAUACACCGCAAGGCAUGAUGCAAGAUUUCGUUGCCAAAAGACUCAAGGCGAAAUUGGAUUUGAUGACUACGCAUAAGCUGGCGCUGGAGUCCAUGUUGAUGGAUCCACAGUUGUUGACGCAUAUCAUGCGAUUUUACAAUCUGGUGAUGGCAUGGCUAAUCCGCAUGGUGGAUCCAAACGGUCGGCAUCCUUGGGAAAUGGUAAAAUUGCCUCUUUCCAAGGACAUUCCCGAAGCAUUCGCCAUGUUACCUGAAUGGAUCGUCGAAGACAUUACCGAAUUUUUUAUUUUCGUUGGAAAGUUCGGCUACGAGACUCAAGUCAUGCGACAAAAUCCUCACGAUGAACUGGUCAUUUUCAUCAUUACCUUUUUACGCAACACCAACUACAUCAAGAAUCCGUACCUGAAAGCCAAGUUUGUCGAGAUCCUUUUCUUCUUUACUUUCCCUAUUGCCAAGGGCGUUCCUGGAGAGUUGGAAAAUAUGCUGAAUUCGCAUCCUCUGGCUCUAGCUCAUUUGGUGCCUUCGCUCAUGAUUUUUUACGUUGAGGUGGAGCAGACAGGUGCCAGUUCACAGUUUUAUGACAAGUUUAAUAUCCGUUACAAUAUCAGUCACGUCAUGAAAACGAUUUGGAAUCAUCCUACACAUCGUGCCAAACUAAGAGAGGAGAGCCAGAAUCAAGAACUGUUCACGCGCUUUGUGAACAUGUUGAUGAGCGAUGUGACGUAUCUAUUGGACGAAAGUUUGAGCAAACUGUCGGAAAUCCAUCAGAUUCAAACGGAAAUGGACGAUGCAGCCGCUUGGGCCGCGCAACCACAGCAACAACGGCAAGAACGUGAAGGGACCUUGGUCUCUUUGGAACGUCAAGCUCAAUCCUAUGUUGCGCUCGGUAACGAAACGGUGCGCAUGCUGAAAUACUUGACCUCUGAAGUGGUGAUGCCGUUCCUGGUGAAUGAGAUUGUGGACCGCUUAGCUGCCAUGUUGGAUUACAAUUUAUCACAAUUGGUGGGUCCGAAAUGCACGGAACUCAAGGUGAAGAACAGAGAAAAGUAUCAUUUCCGACCACGAACAUUGUUAUCCGAUAUCAUUGACAUUUAUCUCAACCUGAAUACCACGACGUUUAUCGAAGCGGUGGCGCGGGAUGGACGUUCUUAUCGCAAAGAGUAUUUCUCCAAAGCGGCUUCGAUUUUGUCCAAGCAUGGAUUAAAACACCAGGAUCAUAUUGCCGCUCUGGAACAGUUUGUCAAUCGCGUAGAGGAAGCGAUUAAACUCGGUGUGGAAGAGGAGGAAGAAUUGGGCGAUGUGCCGGACGAAUACUUGGAUCCCAUCUUCUUUACCCUGAUGGAGGAUCCAGUACUUUUGCCAACGUCUGGUGUGAUUGUGGAUCGCAGUACAAUCCGUGCCCACUUACUGGGUGAUACACGCGAUCCUUUCAACCGUGCUCCAUUGAGUAUGGAGAUGGUGGAACCAGGUAACUAA